AUGACUUCUCCUACGAUCGCCUUGAACAAUGGCAAGCAGGUGAGCAAAAAUUCGGCUAGCGACGUGGACAUGAAGAUGAGAGAGCAAGAGCUGACUUGCAAUCUACAGAUGCCACUCGUCGGCUUCGGACUGUGGAAGGUCAACAACGACACCUGCGCCGAUCAGGUCUACAACGCCAUCAAGACUGGCUACCGCCUCUUUGACGGUGCCUGCGACUACGGUAAUGAGAAGGAGGCCGGUGAGGGUGUUGCCCGCGCCAUCAAGGAGGGCAUCGUCAAGCGCGAGGACCUGUUCCUCGUCAGCAAGCUCUGGUGAGUCCCCCAUCCCAGAGCAAGUGAAGGGCCGGAAGUUUGGCUAAACCCAAACCAAGGAACUCCUUCCACGACAAGGAGCGCGUCAAGCCCAUCUGCAAGAAGCAGCUUGCAGACUGGGGUAUUGACUACUUUGACCUCUUCAUCAUCCACUUCCCCAUCGCCCUCAAGUACGUCGACCCAUCCGUUCGCUACCCGCCGGGCUUCAUGGACGAGAACAACAAGCUCUCCCUCAGCAAGGCUACACUCGAGGAGACAUACCAUGCCAUGGAGGAGCUCUACGACGAGGGUCUCAUCAAGUCCAUCGGUAUCUCCAACUACACCGGCUCCUUGAUCCUGGACGUCGAACGCUACGCCAAGCACCUGCCCCAGGCCCUCCAGAUCGAACACCACCCUUACCUCGUGCAGCAGGACUUGUUGGACCUCUGUGCGAGCCGCAAGAUCGCCGUGACUGCGUACUCUUCUUUCGGACCGCAAUCCUUCCUGGAGCUGAACAUGCAAAAGGCGAAGGAUACUCCUCUUCUCUUUGAACAUGACACCCUGAAGAGCAUUGCAGACAAGCACAGCAAGACCCCUGCACAGGUCCUUCUGCGGUGGGCCACUCAGCGAGGUAUCGCCGUGAUCCCCAAGUCGAACAACCAAAGCCGCCUUGCGCAGAAUCUGGACGUGUGCUCGUUCAACCUCUCGGAUUCGGAGGUGCAGCAGAUCAGCGGCCUGGAUAAGGGACUGCGGUUCAACAACCCGCUCAACGUGAGUGAACACACGAUAUCCAGCAGAAGUCGACGUGCACGAGAUGAUGCUGACUCUCUUCCCAGUACGGCGUGCAAGUCCCCAUCUUCGCCUAA